AUGUCAUCUUGUAAGCCAUCUUCGACUCCCGUCGACACAAAAUCAAAGGUUAGUGCUUAUUCUGGUGCUCCAUUUGAGGAUCCUACACUUUAUCGUAGUUUGGCAGGUGCCCUACAAUACUUUACGUUCACCAGACCUGACAUUUCUUAUGCGAUACAACAAAUUUGCUUACACAUGCAUUCUCCGACAGAUGAUCAUAUGCAGAAUCUUAAGAGAAUUGUCCGUUACAUUCAGGGUACUCUUGAUUAUGGUUUACAUCUAUACCCGUCUUCGGUUACUGAUCUUAUCUCUUAUACUGAUGUUGAUUGGGGUGGAUGCCCUGACACUCGACGGUCCACAUCGGGCUAUUGUGUUUUCUUGGGAGAUAAUCUCAUAUCAUGGUCGUCCAAGCGACAACCAACUUUGUCUCGGUCUAGUGCUGAAGCAGUGUAUCGGGGAGUGGCUAUGUUGUCUCCGAGUCUUGUUAGAUCCGAAACCUACUUUUGGAACUCCAUUUUCCGGUUCGUAAGGCUACUUUGGUUUAUUGUGAUAAUGUAA